UUGAAAUCUCAUUUUCAGAGCGACCCGGCAAUGGCUUUACACACUUUAUUUCGCGCCUUCAGGGCUGAACUAACAAAGGGCUGCAUGUCCCAUCACAGCCAGGCUCUGCACACUGGACACCCACUCCUCACUGCUGAUAAAGCCCUACUGGUCAAACUGAGGAAGACUACAGGGUACACCUUCAUCAACUGUAAGAAAGCCCUGGAGAAAUUCAACAAUGACGUCAAACAGGCAGAGAGCUGGCUGCAUGAGCAGGCUCAGAAGGAGGGUUGGAGUAAAGCCAGUCGAUUGGAGGGCAGGAAGGCGAGGGAGGGUCUGAUUGGUCUUCUUAUGGGGAACAACACCGCAGUCAUGGUGGAGGUGAACUGUGAGACAGACUUUGUGGCGAGAAAUGAGAAGUUUCAGCAGCUGGUUCAGGAUGUUGCUCUGGCCACUAUGACGCAUCACCUCAACAAGACACAGGGACAGACAGGGUACAAGAAGAGUCUGCUGUCAGUGGAGGAUCUGUCCAGACUCAACAUGCCACAGGGCUCAUCGCUGGCCGAUCAGCUGGCCUUCACUAUAGGCCGAUUGGGUGAGAACAUUGCUGUGAGGCGUGCCGUGUCACUGGGUGUGCCCUCUGAUUGGCACAUUGGCUCGUACGUCCACGGGGCCGUACCUGGACUGACCGGUAUAGCCAUGGGCCGGUACGGGGCUCUGGUGGUGUUUCAGGGGGGUGCUGAGGGGGAGGUCGACACCCUGGGGAGGAGGCUGGGCCAGCACAUCGUGGGCGACGCGCCCCUGUCUCUGGGUAACAUCGAUGACAUACCGUGCGGGGAUUCGGAGACACGCCUCCUGGCCCAGACCUUCCUGUCAGACCCCAGCUGCACCGUGGGCCAGUUCCUGACCCGGCAGAAGGUACGCGUGCUGGACUUCGUCCGCUUCCAGCGUGGAGAACUCACCGGUCAGGAAACGGAUUGAAGUCAGACCACAUCGCG